AUGGCUCCCCCCCAAAAGUCUUUUGGGGCCCCCCCUCAAGAGAAAAUCGUCGUUGCUUUCCUAGGACCGAUAGCUUCGUACACCCAUCAGGUACAACACCCUUGCCAGCUUUAUGAAUGCAACCUCUAUGGACUGACGGCUAUCGGCCUUGCCCAGGCGACUCUUGGUGUCUUCGCGUCAGAUCAAUAUGUCUGCGAGCCUGCCCUGACCAUUGAAGAAGUUUUCAUAGCGGUUCAGUCGGGAAAGGCUGCGUGUGGCGUUGUACCGUUCGAAAACUCUACCAAUGGCGCCGUGGUCAACACGUUUGAGAUUAUGGCAGAUCGUCACGACAAUUAUGCGGAUAUCACAGUCUGCGGCGAAGCCUACCUCGACGUACACCACUGCUUGGUGGGCAAAAAAUCCGAUGCCAUCUACUCCCCAGAUCUUUCCGGUGCCUGCACUCCUACCAUGUCGAUACCGAAUCCCCCCAAACCUCGAGUCACUCCUCUACACAGCCUCAAGCAUGUCAGCACGAUCAUUAGCCACCCGCAAGCCUUUGGACAAUGCGACGCCUUCCUUAACUUCUACUUGAAAGGUGUUCCGAGAGUCGAUGCGACUUCCACGAGUGAAGCAGCCAAACUGGUGAAGGAGGACGAGUCGGGAGCUAGCGCAGCCAUUGCAAGCAUACUGACGGCAGACCUUCAAGAUCUCGACGUCCUGGCGAAAGGUAUCGAAGACCGAGAAGAUAAUACCACAAGGUUCCUGAUCAUACGAAAGGGCGUUGAUGCCGAGGCUGGAUCAGCAGAUAGGACCAAGUCACUCAUCUCGUUCAAGGUUGACCAUGGCACCCCAGGAGCUUUAGCAUCUGUGCUUAAUUGCUUCCAGAAACACGGUAUCAAUCUUACAAGCAUCAACAGUAGACCUACGAAAGUCGUCCCCUUCCAAUACAUCUUCUUUGUCGAGUUUGAGGGUAGCAGGUUGCGAGAUCCGAAUCAAAUGGUGAAGAAGACAUUGGAUGCUCUUGAGAGUUACGUGCAGAGUUGGAGAUGGCUGGGGAGUUGGGACGAUAAGCUACUCACGAGAUAA